AAGGACAGUCCGAAUUGUUACCACCGUGCAUUCGUAAUCGUUGGUAGUGUACAGCAUCACAUUCAACGGCUAGGAUCGGUACCAACAAGAAUACAAAGGUAAAACGAUACAAGAAAGGUUCAUCCAUCGAUUUGGGUUGGUAUGCUCAAAUCCCGAUCGUUUGUCGCGACACAAGUAGAGAGAAAACGAAGCCGAAGCAACGAAACCACCGCGGCAUAGAGUUGUAUUCAUGAAAGGCCGUUCCGAAUAAAAAGGAAGCCACAAAAUUAUUCUAUAAUGCCCGACGGGUCUUCAUCGUGCAGCGAUAGCAUCCCGAUGGGGGGGACCCCACGGAUUCAGAUAUCCCUCAGCAGCAGCAGCAGCAGCAAGUCCAACAGCGGGUCGAUGGAAGCCGCGAUCGAAGCGGAGCCCGGCUUGUACAAGAGUGUGCGAAAGGCUCUGAAGGAACGAACGCUGAACUUCAAGAUCAACGUUGAGUGUAAGUAGCAGAUCACUUUCCCUCUGCGUACAAAUCUUGUGCAGCUUUGCUAUAGCAAUGCUCGAAGCAGCGCAGAGAGUCUCCGAUGGCAGCAAUGUUUCGUUCCGAUCUACAAGGAACGGCGUGGUGCUGCUCUCUGGAUAGAACUCGGUCGAUACAGUUUUCUCCCGACCUUGAUUCGACACCCAUUGGAAAAAUCUAACUUCCGUUCCACCCACACCCCUUCACACACACAGGCACGUCCCUCAAGGUGUCUCCGUCGGGAAACUUUUUGUGGGGCGGAUUCAGCGACGGAACACUGCGGGUAUGGGACCUCUCGGGGACCUUCGGUUUCGAAGACGACGACGUGGUAGCCUCCCGCCAAAAGUCAGGUCUCCUGGUAAACUCCAAGCUGACCCAGGGAUUCGGGGCCGUGGCUUCCCAGAUCCACGCCCGGGGCGUCCACACCGACCUGCUCACCACCGUGGACAUUAGCGACGACGCCCAGUACGUCUUUAUGGGUGUUUCCCGGGGCGCCGUGGAGCUCCACGCGGUUUUUGUUGGCGAUCUAGAGAGGGCCGUGCACAGCCAAAAGCGAAAGGAGCAGAUGGGUUGGCGCCAGGAGAGCAACGCCUCUGGAAUCGUCCCUCCUCCAGUGAAGCGGAAUAUCCUCGACUACCUCAAGGUGUACUGCUACUCGGACGCCAAGCUCAAGGGAUUCGGGGCCUGUGCUACGUUGCAGGCUAGAAACACCGAGGGCAACUCUCGGUCGCCACCGCUCUCGUCCUACCUGUUGCUGACUGGAAAGGGCAUCAAGAACAUUCACAUUUGGAAGUUUACUCCCCCUGCCCAUCGCGUCUAUAGAAGCUGCGACGACCACGGCAAUGACACGCUCCACAGCGUGAGUCGGAAUCGAAAGCAGAGCAUCUGCGAUCCACCCGAGGACGAGGAGGACAACGGGGUAUGGGAACAGCUCUACGAUACCUCGACCAACGGGAACACAAUCGUGCUGCUAGGAUUUCACCGGAAUCCGCAGGGAAAGCUCCUAGCGGUCUCCAAGAGCGAUGCCCAGAAGCUCCGCCUGUGGGACCUCAGCUUCGAGGAGACGGAGGAAGCAUCAUCCAGUACUGAAUGUGGCCGCUCCAAACGACCCCCCUACCACGACGUGGCCAACUCCCAGCAGGCCCUGGACAUUGCCGGGGGCAUCGGCGUCUGCGGGGGAGGAAACAUGUACAACGAGAUGAGUAUCGUCAGUUUGGACCGACCCAACGAUCCAUACAACCACACCGAGCUGUACCUACCCAGCAGCAACGAGGGGGGAAACGGCGGUGCCUAUUUCUCCCGACGGCAGCGCCGGGGAGAAAUGAAGGCGGUGGUCAACGUGGCCACCUCGCAGCGGGACUCGAGCCACGCGCUGCUGGAGCUAGACGACGGAUCCCUGGUGGGCUACAGCGCUGGGAGCAGCAGUAGCGAGAGCAUUCCCAAGCUGAUCGCCGUCACGCCCGAAUCCACGGGGAUCCCUGCGCUGCCGGCGGAUUUCUGGAGACGGUGCAUCUGUCUCGCGAACAUUUGCGGGGUGGUCAUCGCUGGAUCGAGCCUGUACAAUCCCAACACCAACAAGGGACAGCUGGUGGUCCGGGCCCUUGGUGGAUUAAAGAAACCCCGGGGAAGUGAGCACACGAAGAAGAAAAAAGAACGGAAACUACUGAAGCAGCAGCAAGAGCGACAGAGUCAGCAACAACAAGACCGACUGAAACUUCUGAAACAGCAGCGAAAAGAAAAGGAAAAACAAGAGCAGCUUCAGCUCGAGCGAGAACGUGAGUUGCAGCAGCAACGAGAUCGAUUAAAACUCUUAAAACAACAAAGGAAAGAGAAGGAACGACAAGAGCAACAGAAACAAGACAGACUGAAACUCCUUGCUCAGCAGCAAAAAGAAAAGGAACGACAAGACCGUGAAUUGCAAGUACAGAAAGAACAGUUGCGACUUUUGAAGCACCAACAAAAAGAAAAGGACAGGCAACAGCGCGAGCGAGAACAGAGAUUGCAUCUGCAGCAUCAACAAGAAACAUAUGCGAUUCCGCAAACGCCGUCACCGAUCCACACCGGCAAUCCGGAGUCGUCUCCGAUGGCGGCCGACAAGGAAGCACUGCAAGAUGCCGUGUCUGUUCCUAAGGAAGUUCCAGAAUCUGUCAUUCGAUCAAAUACGAAGACCAGCAAGCAGAUCGAUCCCCAAACAGUGCGCCCCGCAUCCAAGUCAACGAUACUGGCUGUGUCACCGAGCGGUGGUCUGGAAACCCCUUUGCACUCGACUAGAAUGCAAACCGGUGCCCAGGACGAGUCUCCGGAUUCUACGGGAAAAAUCAACACGAUAUCCAAAUUCCUCCAACCGAAACGCAUAGCCAUCAGAAAAGAGGAGGGCAAACAGGUAGAAGAACACACGAAGAGGCUCAAAUCGAAGGACCACGAGAAGGCUGCAAUGACUACACCUCCUGCAACUGCAAAGCAAAGCGGUGCCGAUUCACCGGUGGCGUCUCUCAAGCUGAAAGACAGCAACAGCAUGCCGUUCACAUCUCCGAAACCAAAAAUGAAAAAGCGAAAAAACAGUUCUCUGCCAAAUGCUCCGACCAAACGUAAAAAGUCCGUUGUGUCGGAAAACGUGUUGCCGGAAGAUUCUUCGUCGUCAACAAAAAGUCUUCUGAACGCCUCGUCAGCAAAGGAUACUAGUGCUCCCGAACGGAAACGCGAUCUUGUCGCUCUGAACGAUGGACCCGAACCUUCGGAGAGCGAAGUUGUAUCCACGGCUCUUCUCUUGACCAAGCUGGCGGGUGAUAAAGCACCCAAGAUAGUUCCUAUUUCGAAGAAGCCUACGAGUGAGAUUGCGACUGCCAUUGAAUCGAAACCUAUCGCAGUCGGAACCCCCGAGACUCCUGCCGUUGACGGUGGCAGAUCAAAAGAAACUUCCCAGGCUAAAUCCAAGUCCAAACCACUAGCUAUCGCAAAGCAGCAGCAAGCACCAAAACUAAAAGCAUGUGCUCCAACAGGCAAGCCAAAAUUGGUUCCUAAGAGUACACCCAACUCCAAACCGCAUGCUCCUGUGCAGCAGCAGUCGCAAAUUCCAUCGAGGGAGACUCUUCUGAACGAGAGGAUCAACGAGCAAUACAAUCAGCUCUGCGCAUUCCUGAAGAACUUCACGGAUCAAUCGAUGAAGUUGAUCCAUGCUCGAAACCUCCGAGGUCCCAUUCCAUCGGCCCUCGACGAUCGAAAGCAACUCGAUGCAUUCUCGAAGCUGCGGGAAGAACACCGGGCCGCCCAUAACUUCCUGCAGAGCAGAUUGCUACGAUCGGCCGAAGCAACGCUGUUUCUCCUGAAGGAAUCCAGAAUUAGUUCCGAAGAGGCACGCACCCAACUCCGGCAGUGCAUCAAGAAAUUCGGGAAAAUUCUGUACGACACCCUCCAUCGCCAGGAGAUGGAACGCCUGGCCCUGGUGUCGAAGAUCCCCAAGAGCAGAAGUAAUUUAGCCAAAAACCGAAAGCAAGGAAUGUCAUCGAUUCCGUCGUCUAGGCCAACCGAAGAACAGUCCAACUACCCCUGCAAGGAGGCGUUUGAAAAGGUCGAGCACAUAUGCGCCGCCAUCACCCGUCCGGUCGGACGCCCGCGAUCGGGACCAGCUGCUCUCCGCGGAUGACGGACUGAGGAUUGAUUCUAAAUCUAGGAACCAAAAAAGCAAUGUUAAAAACUUAAUGCGCUAACUUGAUCACGAAGUACUUCUCCCUGUCAAUAAUGCCAUAAAACCUAA